AUGGCACCAGAGGACACAACGUUUUCCUCACCAGUCACCAGCAGCACAACUGAGAACGUCACUCCAGAGUCCACUGAUGCCAGCACCAUCUCAACUUUCACAAGCGUGGCACCAGAGGACACAACUUUCUCCUCACCAGUCACCAGCAGCGUAACAGAGAACGUCACUCCAGAGUCCACUGAUGCCAGCACCAUCUCACCUUUCACAAGCGUGGCACCAGAUGACACAACUUUUUCCUCAGCUAUUACAAGCGUGGCACCAGAGGACACAACUUUGUCCUCACCAGUCACCAGCAGCGCAACAGAGAACGUCACCCCAGAGUCCUCAACAUAUAUUACCACCCCAACAACAAUUGUCACCAGUAAUUCAACAGUAGUUAGUGACAAGACAACAUCAGAAGUUAGUACUAUUAUUUCUACCACAUCUCCUCCUGCAACACCCACGAUCCCAGAUACCCAGAGCAGCCACACAUCUACUCCUCAAGGUAAGAAUCACUUCUUCUUUGUGAAUACUGUAUUUUUAUAAGAGGGUUGUUUUUGCUCCGUCUCCAAAACUGGAACAUCAAGAUAGCUUCUGAAUUGGGUUGCAUGGACCCAAUCAUGAGGGUCCCUCUUUGGAUUCCACUUAUCAGACCCCUAGAGGCAUUCAGGCGUCUUCCUUUAAUACGGUUUCUACCCAAAGAAUGAGUGUGUCCUGAAUUUUCUUCCUUUCUUCAGGGACACAUGCACCUCCUCCGUAUCUCCCUCUGUGCAGAUCCAAUUGGGAUUUCUUUCAUAAUGGGGCAGCCUCAUGUAGACAUGCCUUUCCCCCACCUUCCUCCACAGAAUACCGUAUUUUUCGCCCUAUAGGACGCACUUUUCCCCCUCCAAAAAUGAAGGGGAAAUGUGUGUGCGUCCUAUGGGGCGAAUGCAGGCUUUCGCUGAAGCCUGGAGAGUGAGAGGGGUCGGUGCGCACCGACCUCUCUCGCUCUCCAGGCUUCAGGAGAGCCCCACUGCCAGCCCCACAAGCUCGGGGGACAGCGGGGAGGCGCAGCGCGCCUUUCCUGCUGUCCCCCGACGUGGUUAGAAGGCUGGCGGAGGGCUUCCCCCUCCUCCAGCCCCGCAAGCUCCCAGAGCAAUGCCAAAGCUGCACGCAGCUUCGGCAUUGCUCUGGGUCCCGUUCUGGGGGCUGGGAGAGGGGGAAGCUCGGGCUUCCCCCGCCCCAGCCCCAUGCCUGGGGGGAGAAAUAAAUUCCCCCCCCUUUAUUUACCCCCGCCCCAAAAUCUAGGUGCGUCCUAUGGGCCGGUGCGUCCUAUAGGGCGAAAAAUACGGUACUUUUCUUCUUCUUCCUUGUAUCCCCCGUCGCCAAUCUUCAAUACGAUUUCCUGUCUCGGUGGAGCCAAGUCUGGCCUUAAUCUCCGCCUCUGUUAUCCCAGGGGCUUGAGUGGAGAUACCAUAGGUGGGACUCUUCCGUCCAUCUGCUGGCUUUGGAGAUCAAAGUUUAUGUGCCCAUGAGCUUUGCCCCUAGCUCUACCCCAAAGCCAAUGUGGGACUUGUGUCAUGCUCAGGCAAUAAGCACACUCAACUCAGACAUCCUUGAAAGGGGGUUGGGAAAAUCCAUGGAGGAGAAAAGACUAUCAGUGGCAACUAGUCAUGCAAGCUCAACAAUUGGAUGCAACUUGCCUCUUAGUACCAGUUGCAGAAUAAAAGAUUGCCAGACUAAUAAUAAUAAUAAUAAUAAUAAUAAUAAUAAUAAUUUAUUAUUUAUACCCUGCUUCCAGCUGAAUGCCUGGAUUCAAAAACGUGGGGAUUUGCACACUCUCCAGUGGGAGAGAGCCCCCAGGAGGGUUUAAAAGAGGCAAAGUUAAACAGCAGUAUGGAAACAAACUUGAAAGAGAAGUUGCUGAAGUACAACUUAUUACAAAACUGAAAACUAUGGAGAGACCUGGUCUGAAUAGAGAUAUUGGAUUCUUGUCUCAUUACAUAUGCUGAAGCGAUUUUUGGUCACCUGCAUACUAUCCCUUGCUUCUUCCUGUAGAACUAAUUGCAGUCGUUAACAGUCGUCAACAGGUUUACCAUAUCCAUUGAGUCAAUCACCCAUCUCCUACUACCCUCCUGAGAAAAAAACCCACCCCACCCUCCCACUAUAUAUAAGGGUCUGGUGACUUCUGUUUCAGUGUAUCUGAAGAUGUGUGCAUGCACAUUAAACCUUAUACCCAGAACAAACUUAGUUUGUCUCUAAGGUGCUACUGCACAUUUUUUUAAAAAAAAUAUUUAUUUAUUUCAAUAGCAGUAUGGUGUGGGGUUGUAGGUUGUUAGAUCCUUUUUGAUAUCCUGUUUAGUUUGCUUACAGUGUUUGCGCCCCCACCCCACCCCCAUCUCCCCUUCUGGCAAUGAACAGACCACACACUGUUAAGUACGUUUAAAAUGCUUUACUUACAAAAUCAAAAUGGCUUGAUUCAUGCCUGCAUAGGUGCAAAACACACACUCUUGUUUCAAACAUGUGGUCUGAGCAAAUUCAGACACCCCUGUUCUGAUUGGUUACAUGGCUGGAACACAGUGAGAGAAAGGAAGAGAAGCAACUUCGCUUCCUCCCUCAAGGAGGUAAAGGGGUGUGACCUAGAUGAGUCUAGGAGCAGACCUCUCUGGUCUUAACCCCUUCAUGCACUAACUAGCCCUCCUGCGUAGUUUGACUGCAAUCCCCCACACAUUCUACUCCCCCAUCCUUUAAGCUUGCUUUCCGUGACACGGUGCCCCUCCUGAUGUUUUGCACUGCAGCUCCUAUCAUCCCUGCCCAUUGGGCUUGGUAAAGCUGGCUAGGGUUGAUGGGAGUUGGAGUCCACCACAUAUGGAGGGCGCCAGGUUGGGGUAUACUGAUUUAAGCUGUGAGGGGCAGUUCCCCCUGUCAUUUUAAGGGAUUCUGUUGCGGUGGGUGGGGUUUACUUCCCAACAUUUCUUCUUUACAGAGAUUGCUGCUUCUCUCUUCCAGCGAAUGAAUGUGAAAACGGAGGAACAUACGAUGGUGUUAAGUGUCUGUGCCUUGACAAUUUAUUCUAUGGGCCGCGGUGUGAAUUUGCUGCGGAUGAGAUCGAUUCGGCUACAUGUAAGUAGAAGCGAGAGCUGCCUGACCCUAUUCUUCCAGUCUAGUAGAAACUCCUGCCCUCUGCAGUGGCUUUUGUAUUGAGAAAAACCAGGGCAUCAGCAAACCCUCCAACACCCCUCAGAUGAAAACAGGGACAUUUUUCACUCCCUGCCAACUAACCCUCCUCGGCCCCCCAUAUUUUUUUGCCCCCUCCCCAGAGCAUAUUCUAUCAGAAGAAGGGCGAGUGCCACAACCACAUAGCUAAAGGUAAAGAACCCCUGGAUGGUUAAGUCCAGUCAAAGGCAGCUGUGGGGUUGUGGCACUCAUCUUGCUUUCAGGUCGAGGGAGCCGGCGUUUGUCCACAGACAGCUUUCUGGCUCAUGUGGCCAGCAUGACUGAACCACUUCCGGCACAACGGGACACCGUGACGGAAACCACAGCGCACAGAAAUGCCGUUUACCUUCCCGCCAGAGCGGUAUCUAUUUAUCUACUUGCACUGGCGUGCUUUCGAACUGCUAGGUUGGCAGGAGCUGGGACAGAGCAAUGGGAGCUCACCCCAUCGUGGGGAUUUGAACCGCUGACCUUCUGAUCAGCAAGCGCAAGAGGCUCAGUGGUUUAGACCACGACAGCAAUGGGAAACAGCACAUAUGCCCUCCUCCAUCCUGAAAACACCCUUAAUCCCUAAUGCCUAUGCCUCAGAGCUGGUGCAUCACACGGGGCUGGACCUUGGAUGGAGCAGCAAGGAGAUGCCCCCUUGCCGCUGCCACUUGGGACAAGCGCCAGCUCAUCUUCCUCCCCAAGCUCAGCAGGGGAAAUAGGGACAUUCUGGGAUCAAAUCAGAAGCUGAUACGGUUUUCGUAACUCCGGGACCAUUCCUGGAAAAUGGGGACAUUUGGAGGGUAUGGAUCAGGUGCUCCUCCUUUCCCAUGGACCCGAGCUGACCAAUUCUAGAGUAGACAUGUUUUUAAUCACAUGGCUAGAGGCCCCCAAGAUGGGACUCUAAGAUGCUGGCAAAAGCUUCUUCACUUUAGGAGGACCAAUUUGCACAAUGUUAAAGGUCAGGCUUUGGAAGCUGCUCAGAAGCUGCUGGAUCGAACGAGUGAAGACAUGCCCAGCUUUGACCAAUAAACUGGAAGCGAGAUUGCAGGUUAUGUGGGAACGUUGUGGGUAACAGGAGAGGAUAUAUUGAUUCAUAUUAUCCUUCCUGACUUGCGCUAGCAAGUUUCUUUAUACAGCAGAGUGUGUUUCCCUUUUGCGCAGCAAGAAGCUGGUUGCAGAUUCGUGUGAGUCUCUUAAGAUAAUAAGCAAUUCAAUCUGGCUUGCCCAGAUUGAAAUACGUUCUAUUAUUCCUGGUAAGACUCCUUUGAUCCCUCUUAAAAGAAUAAAGACACAAUAGUCUUAUUCAUAAGUAACAAAAAGUAGUUUUACUCAUGAUCACAGUGUGAUCCCUGAAGGCAGGCUUUAGGCUUAAAGUUACAAAUAUGUACAAACAGGUCUACCCCAUAUGGGAGAUAACUUAGGGACUGCUGGCUGACAGUCCAGGUGAAGCAGGAAGGAAGCAGGACGAAAAAUAAGAGAGGUGGCUACGUGACUUGGCCUUUUACCAGGUCUGGAAAGGUCACGCUCACCUAACUAGUCACAUGCAAAAGCAAGGAUGCUCCAGCCAGGUGUAACAGGAAGUUCAACUGGCUGGUCCAACAUUCCCCAUGCAUGUUCACUCUAGGCAAACAGGAAAUGUUGUACUUGACUGCUCCAGAGGAUUACAUCCCACAAGUUACACAGACCUGUCUUCAGCAGUUUAAGUAGAAAUAAUAAUUUUUUAAAAAAAUCAAAGCUGUUGGCUGAUGUGAAGAACCUGCUGCUCUUGCUACCAGCACAGGGACUGGCUUUCAAGGUUUGACAGCUACUUUGCUGGAAAGCUCCUGGUCCCUGCUGCUAGUGGGUCUCUCUCUUUCUCUCUGCUUUAGUAAACGUGCCUGUGGAAUUUGCUGCCAAGGUGAAGAUCACCAACAGGGGGUACCUAAAGGAAUACGAUGACACAAACUCAGAAGAGUUUAAAACACUGGAGGCAGAUUUUAAGAAGGAGGUAACCAUGAGUCGUUGGCUCACGCACGUGCAUCUUCUCUUGCCAUUCUCACCUGAAAAGGUCUUUCUCUUUGUUUAUGAAAAUAUUUCUGUUUCAUGCCUUUUUUAAUGAAGAUAUUCUGUGUUUCCCCCACCCCACCCCCGACAUUAUAGAUGAGACAAAUCUACAAGAAUGUGGACGGAUACCGUGAUGUGGUGAUACUGAGCGUGAAGUGAGUACUUGAGGCAGAGACCAGCUUGCGAGAGAGAUAUACAGUGGUACCUCAGGUUACAUACGCUUCAGGUUACAUACGCUUCAGGUUACAGACUCUGCUAACCCAGAAAUAGUACCUCGGGUUAAGAACUUUGCUUCAGGAUGAGAACAGAAAUCGCGCAGCAGCGGCGUGGCGGCAGCGGGAGGCCCCAUUAGCUAAAGUGGUGCUUCAGGUUAAGAACAGUUUCAGGUUAAGAGCCAAUCUGGACAUAUAAUUCAGUUAUGCAUACUUUUAAAAAAAUCUAUCGAUUUUAUCUAUAUAGUAUUGAUAAUCCUAGAAUCGUAGAGUUGUAGAGUUGGAAGGGACCUUGCGAGUCAUCUGGUCCAACCCCCUGCAACGCAGAAGUCUUCACCACAACCCUCAGAUUAAGAGUCUCAUACUCUGCCAACUGAGACGCAGGUGGCGCUGUGGGUUAAACCACAGAGCCUAGGACUUACCGAUCAGAAGGUCGGCGGUUCGAAUCCCCGUGACGGUGUGAGCUCCCGUUGCUCCUGCCAACCUAGCAGUUCGAAAGCACAUCAAAAGUGCAAGUAGAUAAAUAGGUACCACUCCGGCGGGAAGGUAAACGGCGUUUCUGUGCGCUGCUCUGGUUCACCAGAGUCACCACAUGACCCGGAAGCUGUACGCCGGCUCCCUCGGCCAAUAAAGCCAGAUGAGCGCCUCAACCCCAGAGUCCGUCACGACUGGACCUAAUGGUCAGGGGUCCCUUUACCUUUACUCUGCCAACUGAGCUAUUAUUGUACAGUGGUACCUUGGGUUAAGAACUUAAUUCGUUCUGGAGGUCCGUUCUUAACCUGAAACUGUUCUUAACCUGAAGCACCACUUUAGCUAAUGGGGCCUCCUGCUGCUGCCGCGCUGCCAGAACACGAUUUCUGUUCUCAUCCUGAAGCAAAGUUCUUAACCUGAAGCACUAUUUCUGGGUUAGCAGAGUCUGUAACCUGAAGCGUAUGUAACCCGAGGUACCACCGUACUAUUUUAUUUACACUGGAUACACAGUCUGUUUGAACAAAAAGAAGCAGCCCCUCCCUAUUCUUAUUAUCAAACCACAAAAUGGUGGCUCAGCAUCUGAGAUGUUGUACUCCCUCCACUGUUGUUUUAGCAAUGGCAGCAUCGAUGUGAACUUCACGAUCAUCAUGGAAAUCAAUAUGCCGAACAACGUCAGUGCUAUCGAUAGAGAGAUCGUCAACCGGACGCAGGAGCUCGUGAAGCAAUUGGAACACGUCAACGCCAGGAACUGUAGCCAGCAGGACAAAGGUAAGUUCUGAAGAACAGAGUUCCAGUUUUAAUAUUGCUUCCCUCCUCUGAGCAAAGUUCCAGGGACUUAGCUAUAAAGUUUGGUUUCCUUAGCAUCAAAUAACACCAGAGACUUGUGGUCCCUUUAUGAACAAAUAUUCAGAUAUGUAUAUAUUUUUGGCCUCUGGGAACUGAUACACAGUGACGUAUCUCUUGGUUACAUCAAGAAAGGACUAUUCACUGUUGGAGAGAGAAGGUUUGGGAAGAGAUUCUUGACCUUUCUUAGCAGAGUUAGCACUAUGGUUGAUUGCUAUGUGAAAACUUGGUUGGAUUUUACAUCUGCCCUCAUCUACCUUUAAACAAACGUUUCCAGUGAAAGUACUUAGGCUAGAAUAAAUCACAGACACCUAGGAGAUCAGUGAAGUUUUUACUUACAGAGUCCCAGUAGUUCCAGUAAACAAGUCUCAUCCAUCGGCAGUAAAAGUAAUGAAUAAGAAAGGUUCCAAACGAUUUAAAAAAGCAAAGAACUUGGCCUCAUUACAAAAAAUAUAAUGCAGUCUUUGUGUUAGCAAAGACACGCAGGCUGUGUAAAUCUCCAAGCUAGGGAGAUUUACCCAUGUGUGUGUUUUGUUGAGCUGGUUUGAGGUUUGCUCCGAUUUAGCACUAGAAAGCAGGCGGGCUUUUCCCUGGGAAAGGACCGGAGCAAUAGGAAAACUGCUAAGACCCAUGUAUUUGAUUUAGAAAGUGUUGAUUAAAUGGAAAACUGUUUUCUAGGCAAGCGACAAGCAGAGGUGUGGAUGAGUCCUGUCUUUGUGACACACAUUAGAUAGUUUAGGGUGUGCAGGGUAAUAAUAAUAAUAAUAAUAAUAAUAAUAAUAAUAUUCUGGAACUGAACAAUACAAUCUUCUCCUUCUUGUCCCAGACUACUGUUUCCGUGUUUUAGAGUCCCCCGCUCUGGUUAGAAAUUUUUCGGCAGAAGGUGAGUACUAGAUAUGGGAAUGGGAGGGUGAAGGGAGAGUCUCUUCAAGUCCCCUUAUGUUGCAUUCGCAGUAUUGUCCCCAUAGCUGAGGGAGUGGGGAACCUUGGGCUGGAGGGUCAAAUGCCUCAGGCCUCUCUUUCUGGACUCUCGCCCAAGCCACAGCCACUCCCCUCAAGAAAUAGCCCUCAUAAACCCAGAUUCAAGUGUUCCUUCAGUGCUUUCAUCUGGCUAGGAUGUGAUAAUACCAUUUGCUUUCCUGGACAGAGAGGUACAGGCCAUGCACAAAUUCCGUCCCCGGAAUGUCCCCAGAUUUGCAAAUCUGUCCCUGGGAAACGUGGCAGCUGCAGCCUCAGCAGCCCGGAGCCAGCCUGUUAGCGCAGUUGGCUCCGGCUGGCUUCAGGAGCUGCUUGCUGCCGUGGUGCCCGCCAUUUUUCUUGCGCCACGGCAGCGAGCAGCUCCCUGAAGCCAGCCAGAGCCAACUGCACUACCAGGCUGGCACCUCCUGGGCAACGGCUGCCCACCCAUGGCUCCUGAGCCUCCCCUGAUCUGCCAAAACAAAGGGGGAAGGGGGAAGGAGAUCAGGGAAGGCUCCAGAGUCACAGGCAGGUAGCGCGCCAUUGCCCAGUUUUUUAAAAAAAUAACUCUCCACAUUUACAAUUCAUUCUUACUCUAAUCCUAAGCCUAUUUGAUACUUUCAAGUAACUUCUAAUUAUCUUACGUUACAAUAUUUAGCUAAAUAGUCUUUAAAUUUCUUGCAAUCUUCUUGAUAUUCCUCUUCUUUCUGAUCGCGGAUUCUUCCAGUCAGGUCGGCCAGCUCCUAAAAGUCCAACAUCUUCAUCUGCCAUUCUUCUACUGCUGGUAGUUCUUGAGAUUUCCAGGUUUUAGCUAGUAGCAGUCUUGCCGCUGUAGUGGCAUACGAAAACUAACAUCUUUUUGGGGGCAGUUCCAAUCCUAUUAUUCCAAGUAGAAAGGCUUCUGGUUUUUUAAUAAAUGUAUUUUUCAACAUUUUUUUCAGCUCAUUAUAAAUCUUUUCCCAGAAGUCUUUCACCUUAGGACACGUCCACCACAUAUGAUAAAAAGUACCUUCUUUUUCUUUACACUUCCAGCAUAAAUUAUCAUUUGUGUGGUAGAUCUUUGCUAAUUUUAAUUUUUUUCCCUCCCCCCCCUCCAAUUUUAAAGGCGCGGCUUAUAUUUGGGUGCGGCUUAUAUUCGGGCCAAUACGGUAUCCCACCCCUGAGACUGGAUGUCAUUGACAAACCCAUGCUCCAUGUAUCUCUCUGCUUUUUAAGAUUUCCAUGAGUGCUCCCAGUGAUUGGUCUGGGUGAUUCCACCAGGAAAUCUCGCAUUUAGGCACUGAAAGUAGACUUCCUAAGUUUCAGCAAACUGACUCGUUAUGCCCCUUUGCUUUGACUUGCGCCAAACGACCAGAUUUCUUCCUUUUUUUCUUUCCCAGAUUAUUGCAAAAAGAUCGUCAAGCCUCAAUAUGCAGCCUACUAUUAUGCCGAUAUGUCCACGGGAACAUUGCGCUGUAUUACCAACUGUACCAAGGGCACAAAGAUUUCCUGGAACUGCCACUAUGGAGAGUGUCGCCUUCGUGAAACAGGCCCCGAGUGCUUGUAAGUGGACAGGCGGCGGGGGCGUAGCAGAAAACCCCCCCAGCUCCAGGCUCUUCAGACCACCCACUACUUAAAGCUUGAAAUAAUGACCCCUAUACCUGUCUGCACUCACACACACACACACCCCAUUUCCCCCCCACAUGUCCUGCAAAAGUUCUCGUUAGCACGUUGUUAACUAAAUGUAGGGACACAGGUGGCGCUGUGGGUUAAACCACAGAGCCUAGGACUUGCCGAUCAGAAGGUCGGUGGUUCAAAUCUCUGUGACGGGAUGAGGUCCCGUUGCUCGGUCCCUGCUCCUGCCAACCUACCAGUUCGAAAGCAUGUCAAAGUGCAAGUAGAUAAAUAGGUACCGCUCUGGCGGGAAAGUAAACGGCGUUUCCGUGCGCUGCUCUGCUUCGCCAGAAGCGGCUUAGUCAUGCUGGCCACAUGACCCAGAAGCUGUACACCUGCUCCCUUGGCCAAUAAAGCGAGAUGAGCGCCACAACUCCAGAGUCGGUCACAACUGGACCUAAUGGUCGGGGUCCCUUUACCUAACAAAAUGUAAACAUAGCAAAAUUUGCACGCACCAACUGGCAGAGAAAGCGGGGGGUGGGGGCGGGGGCGUGGGGCGUGGUCCGCCCUGGGUGUCAUCCCUGAGGAGGGGUGACAUCACCACGCCGCCCCCCCGGGACACUUGCCGCGGGCAACGCCCUCGCGGGAUGAUUAUCGCUGAUAUAAUGUGGGUAAGAGAAUGCAUGUGUAUUGGGACAUUUCUAGACGAAGCGUGAAGGGACACCAAACGCUUGCAGAUGAAGAUGUCAGUGGCCUCAAGCAGGUUGCAUGCUAAGGUUUGGGGUAUAGCAACCUCUCUAUCUUUUCCCUCACAGGUGCAGUGAUAUGGACAAGUUUUGGUACACAGGAGAUUUUUGCGAGACACGCUUCCAGAAGAGUGAGGUGGGCCUUGGUAUUGGGCUCGCCAUCUUGUUUGUGACCAGUGCUGUCCUGGCUUUCUUCCUCUUCAGAGCCAUGAGGAAGAAAUCUAAAGAGAGGUAAGAAACACAAGAGUUCCAAUGGAGAACUUGGUUCACUGAGAGAGAGAAAGAAUGAUGGAUGAAUCUAUCAUUCUCGGUUUCUCUCAGUUUAUCCCCCACCCUGCCAACUUUUUCAGUUCUUGCCUCAUUAGUUUGCAUUAUAUAUAUCCCCAUGUCCAUUUUUGCAAGCAAAUUCCCCGUAUAUAAUGGUUUUUAAUAUACAGUAUUUUCACUGGGGGGGGGGGGGAUACAGUAUUUUCACGAAUAUAAGCAUUUUCGUGCACAAUUUUUCACAACACACUUUUUUACGUGCCUGUUUCGGUUCAAGAACCGCAUGGCAAAAUUCAGAAAACAGUGGGGGUUUUUUGAAGGACUGCUGUGUUUUAGUUCACAUAUUGCCCUGCGUCAGUGUGAAUUGUUAGGCGACUUCACAUUAAUACAGUGGUACCUCGGUUUUCGAACGUAAUCCAUUCCGGAAGACCGUUCAGCUUCCGAAACAUUUGAAAACCGAGGUGCAAAGGACCGUCUGCAAUUUCCAUUGAGAAAAUUGUAAAAAACCCACACAGGGGAAGCCGUUCAACUUCUGAGGCGCGUUUGAAAACGGAAGCAAUUACCUUACUUCCAGGUUUUGGGCUUCUAAGACGCUAGAAAACCAAGAUACCACUGUAUGUGAACUGAACGAAGUUUUCUCUUGAGUUAGAAAAGGCCCAGGUGUCCCCGGAUCUCUGAGCGGGACAUACAGGAACAUUAACAGGGCUAUAUUUCUGGGUUGUGUAAAUGGGACUGCAAAUAGAAAGAAUUGAAAAAUUUGGCUUCUGAGGCUAUUGCAGGAAUUUAUGUCUGGGGGGGGCGGUUGCCCCUCCAGCAGAUAUCAUGCACAUGCAGCCCACUACCAAAACCAGCACAAUCACGUUUGUGACUUUUGUGAUUUGUCCCCACAAAACACUUCAUCACAGUUUCUUCCUAUCUAUUCAAAGGGCCUCUGCUGCACGAUACCAAAUGUAAGAAUUCACUGAUAAAUGUAUCUAUGUACUGGCUCACUUCAUAUAGACAUGUGAGCUCAGCUACUCAGCAGCCCCUCUGCCUGAGUGAUAAUCGCUGGCAUCCUGAUACCUGAGAGCCAGACAGGUAUUGUUAUUCCAGAAAUAACAAACCCAGAUGAAGACAAAAGGGUGCGAUUAACUUGGCUGGGAAACAGGGAAAUGUAAAGAUCUUUUUUGUUACACUAGAUGGGUGUUUGGUGAAGGGCAAGGAGAACCAUAGGGCAGGGUCCAGGAUGCUCAGAUUACUGCCACCAGACCUCCCCUUUCAUGUAACCGUGAUGUAUGAGUGAUGUAGUUUGGAGGGGGGGUAACAUGGGGAUUAUAAUAAAAGUUUGGGGGCUAUUUUAUUUGGGGCUUUCAUCUUGUUCCACCUUGUGGCAGGUGGGAGUCCUGUCGCGACAGUCUUCAAUAAAGACCAAGCCUACUGGCUGCUGUUUAGCUCUGGUAUUCCUGGCUGGUGUCCUUGUUUUUUGUCCGAGGGAGCCUUCAGAUUUCUCCGUUAACAAGGCAGAACAUGGAGGGUGUGGUGAUGAGGAAGACAGAGGGACAAGGACAGACCACCCGUUAGGUAGAGUGAGGCUGCUGCCUCAGGUAGCAGAAGCCCUUGAGCUGGCACCCCUAUGAGAGGGAGAGAUAGAGACAAUGUGCAACCUUUUCCAGGAGGCGUCAUCCUAGGAGUGACCUGUGCAUAUUGUCCUUGCAGCUUCCUUGACGGAGAGGAACUCUGGUAUGUGGAGGAUGAAGAGGAAGAGUGGAAGCCUUCCAAAGGCCUGAGCAUCGUGAAUAAAGCAGCCUACGAGGAUGGUAAUGAUUCAUUAUGUUAUAAGAAAAACUGCUCCUUUUCCCUUAUGGGGUAUUCCAGAGCCCCCACAGAGUCCUUAAGUGGGUUCCCUAUUGGUAGGAGAGAAUAACAGAGGCCCACCAAAGUACAGUCAUACCUCAUGUUACGUUUGCUUCAGGUUGCGGGUUUUCAGGUUGCGUCCCGGAAGUACCGGAAAGGGUUACUUCUGGGUUUCGCUGCUCGCGCAUGCGCAGACGCACAAAAUGACGUCACGCGCAUGUGCAGACGUGGCGAAUUGUGACCCGAGCAUGCACAGACGCGCAGUCACAGGUUGCGUUCUUUUCAGGUUGCAAACAGGCCUCCGGAACGGAUCCCGUUUGCAACCAGAGGUACCACUGUAUAUUGAGAAGCAAAGCAGCUAGUAAGGCUGAUCUUUAUUCAAGGAACUGUUGCAACAGGGUCCCCACUCGCCACACGCAGGAGAGAGGAGAAUCCGGAACAAUGCUGAGCAAGCCCUUAUAUAGUCUCUUGAAACUGCCCAACCUGUAGCUCAAGACCACCCCAUACACACACACACACACACACACACACACACACUUCACAGAAGGAGGCGGGUCUACAGCAGAAAUCCUGUUUGCCAGGAUACCUGAUAAUGGUUACUGAUUGCAUUACCUGGGCAGCCUGGGCAUUCUUUGGUGAUGGUUAAUACUUUAGUUCUUGAAUCCAGGUCACAGGCUCACCCUAAGGUAAAGAUAAAGGGACCCCUGACUAUUAGGUCCAGUUGUGACUGACUCUGGGGUUGCGGCGCUCAUCUCGUUUUAUUGGCCGAGGGAGCCGGCGUACAGCUUCCGGGUCAUGUGGCCAGCAUGACUAAACUGCUUCUGGCGAACCAGAGCAGCGCACGGAAACGCCGUUUACCUUCCCGCCGGAAGGUAACCUAUUUAUCUACUUGGAUUUUGACAUGCUUUCGAACUGCUAAGUUGGCAGGAGCUGGGACUGAGCAACAGGAGCUCACCCCGUCGCGGGGAUUCGAACCACCGACCUUCUGAUCGGCAAGCCCUAGGCUCACCCUAUUCAUACACAAAUACGCCCUUAAGACAGGAUUUGCAAGCAAAAAGACAAUGGGAAGGCUUUCCUCAUUGCUCUCCCAUACUAUUUCCCAUACUAUCUCUCAUACUAUAAUAGUAUGAGAGAUUGCUCUCCCAUACUAUUUCAGACACAUGGUUCAUAUAUUUAGAUAUGUGUGCAUUUACGAAUAUUGAUUCUGUAUUUGAGACCUUAAAAUUCUUAUAACAAUUAUGCCCUCAGCAAGGCGGUAUUUGCAGCGUGAUAUCUUGCUGGCCACAGGCCAGGACCAGAGGCAUAGCAUGAGGGCAGGAAGGAGGGGGAUGCGAACACCAAGGGCCUCGUCGGCCAGCCGGACUCUCUCCUGGGCAGGUGGGCAGGAAGCGCAACAUGACCCCAUGAACUCUCCAUGCCCUGUGCCUGCCCAGCGGCAUUGGCGGUGAUGGCUGGGUUGGCCUGGCAGGUUUUGUUCACCCUCCACGCCUCGCCUGCUUUCCCAGCUGGCACGCACACCCCGGGUGCCAGCAAAGGACGCAACACCACCGGCCAGGACUGUCUUCUCAGAGCUUUGGCUCAAAACUCUGGUGCAAUGCAGCCCCAAAAUUUAGAAUCGUAGGGUUCGAAGGGACCACGAGGAUGAUCUAGUCCAACCCCCUGCAAUGCAGGAAUCUUUCCCCCAAUGUGGGGCUCGAACCCUGUGAUUAAGAGUCUCCGUCUCUACCGACUGAGCUAUUCCCUUAGGGAGGAAGAAGUGAGAACCCUCACUGUGUGCACCCAGGAAAGGCUGUGUAAGAGGCGGAAAGGGGCUUUCUGGGUUACGGCCAAUAAAUCAUUCCAAUACUCUUGCUGCUCUUAAAUUAAGAAAUACAGUGGUGCCUCGCAAGACGAAAUUAAUCCGUUCCGCGAGUCUCUUCGUCUUGCGGUUUUUUCGUCUUGCGAAGCACGGCUAUUAGCAGCUUAGCGGCUAUUAGCAGCUUAGCGGCUUAGCGGCUAUUAACGGCUUAGCGGCUUUAAGAAAAAGCAAACAAACUCGCAAGAACUCGCAAGACGUUUCGUCUUGCGAAGCAAGCCCAUAGGGAAAUUCGUCUUGCGAAGCGACUCAAAAAACGCAAAACCCUUUCGUCUAGCGAGUUUUUCGUCUUGCGAGGCAUUCGCCUUGCGGGGCACCACUGUACUAAUACUAUGUGGAAGGAGCGUUUCUGUUUUUGUUUGUUACUAUGACAUGCAUUUUUGUGUUUCUGUAUUGUAAACAGCCCUGUGAUCCUUGGAAGAAGGGUGGUAUACAAAUAAUGAUAAUAAUAAUAAUAAUAAUACUCUUUGUUUCUUAGGACUCGAAGACAGAAAACAGGUGUUCAGACCAACUCUUGAUGCAGUAGAUACUGAAAUGCAGGUACGUACAGCUAUAGUUUCAUCUUGGGCAGAUUUUUUUCGGUUAUCAUCUCCUGAGAUCAAUCGACAGAUGAUGAUUGUGUAGACAGCGAAAGCAAGCAUGGAGAUCUGCGCCAUUAUGAAACAUGAGAGAUGUAGUAAUAGCCAUCGGUCAACAUAUGAAUCAUUGCCAGCACCAGUUACUAUUUAUUAAAUUUCUAUUCCGCCCUUCAUCCGAGGAUCACCGGGGGGAGGAGUGUUAAAAUGUAGAAACACAAAAAUACAUAACAUAGUAACAAACAACACACACGCCACACAGUUCGAAAGGCCUGAGCCAUUUGAGUCUUUAUAGGUCAAAACCAGCACUUUGAAUUGGGCUGAGAAACUGAUUGGCAGCUGGUUAUAUGAUUGGCAGUCAGUUAUAUGCUCAAACCAUCUUGCCCCGGUGAGCAACAAGGCCACUGAAGCUUCCGAACCGUCUUCAGAGACAGCCCUACAUAUAACACUUUGCAGUAAUCCAGCCUAAGGGUUACCAGAGCAUAGACAAGAGAAGUUAAGCUAUCCCGGUCCUAAUAGGGCACAACUGGACCACCAGCUGAAGCUGAUGGAAGGCUAUUGAGGCCACCUGAACCUCAAGCAACAGCAAAGGUUCCAGGAGGACCACCCAAGCUAUCUUAUCUGCUCCUUCAGAGGGAGAAGGCAACCUCCCGUCCAUCUGGUCAAGGGAAUCGCCCACUGACAGUGCCUCAGUCCUAUCUGGAUUGAGCUUCAGUUUGUUGGCUCUCAUCCAGUCCAUUACUGAAGCAAGACAACGGUCUUGUCACCCCUCCCUUAAAAUUGCUGAGCCCCUUCUCCAUAUUAAUUAGCAAAUGUGGCAGUAAAAAGGGAGGAUAUUUCAGUUCAGACUUAGCUGUGUGAUGCAAAUACGCAAGCGAUUAGGUUUCGUUUUUUCUAUAAAAAUAAAUAAAUUUAAAACGACAAUUCCAAACACCAAUUUGUUUUUUGCACAUCUCCUUUGUUAACAAGCUCUGUUGAUUCCACAGAUCCAAAAUCAUAAUUUAUAAAAUUUCAUAAACUGUAUGCAUGCCAAAAAUUGAUAAAAGUAUCCUAAAUGUGUAUAGCUUUGUCAUGCAUAUCCUGUACCCCUUACAUAAGCAAUAAGCUUGCCGUCGUGGCAAACUCAUACAACUUUGAUUCUCAUUCAGCAGUUGUGGCAAUUUUAUUCUGCCUCUGAUAUUUUGCAACGAUCACAGGCAAUAUUCACUCUGUUAAAUAUGCAGCUACUUUCGAAGUCAGGAAGAAGCAGAGUUUCGCGUUUCUUCUGGUUUCAAAUGAGCUCUGCUUUUUCAUGGACCUCACAACACACUUUAUGUUAAGUUGUGGGUGAACAUAUCAGACGACACAGCGAUUCUUCAAACAGCUCUUGUUUAUUCACAGGCCGGGACAGAACUGAACUGAAGGGUUCAGUCAGCCUGCUUAUAUAGAGCUCCAGUACAACGUUACUGUAAGAACUUUCUAAAACUAUCCAAUCACUGAACGUCACUUUCGAUCCCUUAUUUGCAUAACUAUCUACAGUAUCCCCCUGCUGGCCCAGGGUGAGAACUUCAGUACAUAACACUUUAUACUUCUCUUUGCAGCUGCAGUUCCAGAAGCCAGAGAUAACAACCCAGUGUUGAUUCCCACCCUGGGACUCGUUUCGGAUAGUUCCCUCCAGGAGCUGAGGUGAAUGAAGAAACUUAACACCCAACGGAUCGCAACUGGAAGCCCACUAACAGAAAGGCGGGUCUGAUGGGUGGCAGUGGAGUUCAGCAUGCCAGCUUUAAAAAAUUCUUCUGAAACUGUUUCCUGGAUGAGACUCUCAGCCUAUUAUGAAGAAGACCACUCUGUUGAAAACAGAUCCGUAGAGGAACCAACAAAGAGUACACAUGACUGCACAAAAAAGAAUCCAUAAACUGUGCUACAAUCCAUGGAGGGAAGGAAACACCAUGGAGUGGUUCAUUCGAUAUCCCUAAGCAAUAUAUGUUGGAGUCCUCAUCUUUAAAUUACAUCCAGGUGUGGUCAACCCAUUUUUGUGUGUGCCCCCAAUACACCCCUCCUAAUUUGCCAUUUUUAAAAAAAUGCAGGGUGAUUCAUAACGAUACAGUUUCAACGUGCUAUAAAAAAAGAAGAAUAUAUCUUACGUCACCUGUAACAGAAUUGUAGGGGAAUGUUGAAAGUUUUUUUAGAAACAGUCACAGAUGUUCUUUGUGUACACCCUUUGUCACAUGACACACAUCGAACCAGUAAUCCAUUUCUGCCCAAACGCGACUCACCCUACGUGUUGAUUUUCCCAGGCUUCGUUGAAUGGCGGUGCAAACACUAUCGACGACUUCUUCCAAUACACACGGUUGUCCAGGACUUCUAAGUUUGCACAGACAACCCAUAGAUUCAAAUCUAAUAUAUCACCAUCAAUACCUCACUCUGGAACUGAUUUUAAUUUAUAAUAUUAAUCUUUUUUGGGGGGUUUUGAUUUCCUGUUUUUAACUCUGCCUUUUAUUGUUACCUUUAAUAUUUGGUUUAUUUUUUCGUAAAACGAGAGAUUCUCUUUGCAAUUAAGCAGCACAUGCAUUUUACAAAAGAAAAGAAUUUAAAAGCAUGGCAAAUCGUGUGUGCGUGACAUUCAAAUUCCUUUUGUUGGGGAGUUAACUGUGUACCAGGCGUGUGGGGGUGAAAAGGCAGUUUUUCAGAAAGCCACAUGGAUCAAUACACCAUGUGGGGCAUUUUGGAAAGAUUAAAUAGCCGCCACCAAAAUCAGAUCUUUCUUUGGCAAAUAAAAGGAGAGAAAAAGGACAAGGAAUGUGACAGAUGGAGGGUGUUCUAUCAUUGUGUGUGCCAAGCAUUAUAGCACUUUAGCCAUAGUUUUGGUCUGCCAAGUAACAGCUUUUAGGUAAAGGUAAAGGGACCCCUGACCAUUAGAUCCAGUCGUGGCCAACUCUGGGGUUGCGGUGCUCAUCUCGCUUUAUUGGCCGAGGGAGCCGGCGUACAGCUUCCGGGUCCUGUGGCCAGCAUGACUAAGCCGCUUCUGGAGAACCAGAGCAGCGCACGGAAACGCCAUUUACCUUCCCUAUUUAUCUACUUGCACUUUGGUGUGCUUUGGAACUGCUAGGUUGGCAGGAGCAGGGACAGAGCAAUGGGAGCUCACCCCGUCGCGGGGAUUCGAACCGCCAACCUUAUGAUCGGCAAGUCCUAGGCUCUGUGGUUUAACCCACAGCGCCACCUGCGUCCACACCGCCACAGCUUUUACCUCGCUAUUAUUUUGUUAUAAAUGUUUUUUAAAUAGAAUGCUACACAGGGUGGUUGUAUGGAUGAAUGCCUUAGAAAUGCUUGUAUUUAUGAUAAAGUGUCAUUUCUUGGACGAGAAGCGUGCAAUAGGGCUAAUAGGAUACUUGGGGGGGACGGACUUUUCCUCCUUUCUGCCUCCAAGCUGCGGCCCCUAAAACGGGCAUUCCUUUCCCAUGCACACCAAAUUUCAGGGGAUUUUCCAGACGUGGCAGAAAAUGAUUUAAUGCUGCUGGUGGUUUUUGUAUGUGUGCGUGUGUGUUUUAAG